CCUUUGCUGCCCCUGCUGGCCGCUCUGUGUCACUGCGGCCUGGCGGACAGUCCCCGCCCACAUCGCCAUGACUACUGCGUGCUAGGGGCGGGGCCGGCAGGGCUGCAGAUGGGCUACUUCCUGGAGCGGAGUGGCAGGGAUUACAUCAUCCUGGAGCGGAACCAGCAGCCCGGCAGCUUCUUCAGCAUAUACCCCCGGCACCGGCGCCUCAUCAGCAUCAACAAGCGCUUCACGGGCCGCCAGAACCGCGAGUUCAACCUGCGGCACGACUGGAACUCGCUGCUGAGCGACCGGGCCGGCCUGCUGUUCACCCGGGUCAGCGCCGAGCUCUACCCGCCCGCCAGCAGCCUGCAGGAGUACCUGGCCGCCUUCGCCCGCGAGCUGCGCCUCCGCGUGCGCUACGGCACCGACAUCGCCCGCGUGCACCGGGCGGCCAGAGGGGGCGCCACCUUCACCCUGAGCGACCAGGAGGGGCAGGACUACUCCUGCAGAGUGGUGCUGGUGGCCACCGGACUCUGGGUCCCGCAGGAGGUGCGGUUCCCAGGCUGGGAGAUGGUGGAGGGGUACGAGUCCAUGCCAGUGGACCGGAACCAGUUCUUGGGCCAGGCGGUUCUGAUCCUGGGGAAGGGAAACUCUGCCUUCGAGACGGCCGCCCACAUCCUGCCCGACACAGCCCGCGUGCACCUGUACAGCCCGAGCCCGGUCCGACUGGCCUGGCAGACACACUACGUUGGAGACCUUCGGGCUGUCAAUAAUGAGUUGUUGGACACCUACCAGUUGAAGUCCCUGGAUGGGCUGGUAGAGGGCGCUCUGGAGCAGCUGGCUGUGGUCCGGGACGGUCAGGGUCGGCUCUACCUCACCCUUGCGGAGCUUCUCCAUCACCAUGGCAACAGCACGGCGGCGAAGCUGGGGUCCUCCAUUCCAGGACAUUACCAUGACAACUUCUCUCUGCGCCGGCCCUACGAUCGCAUCCUUCGCUGCCUGGGGUUCAAGUUCAACUUCUCCAUCUUCGACAGCUCAGUGGCGCCCCCUGUAGCCCCAGUGGGCCGGGGGAAGUUCCCUGCGGUAUCGGGGUGGUACGAGUCUGUGCGCUCGCCUGGGCUCUUCGUCAUCGGGGCGGCCGCGCACUCCCGCGACUACCGCCAGUCCGCGGGGGGGUUCGUCCACGGCUUCCGCUACACAGGUAAGGCGUCACGCUGGGGGGCAGGGGCAGUCUCAGAACAGGAGAUGAGGCUCCGCCCCCGCGGCUGGCCCUUGCCCCGCCCUCAGGCAGUGCAUCACAUGGUUGAGGACUUUCUGACGGAGUGGGAGGGGCCUGUAUCUCACAGCCAACCGCUGCGUCGCUUUCUGGAGCACUGCCUGACCUCUGACCUGCGCACCUUCUACGCAGAGUCCUGUUUCCGCUUCACUCUGACCCAUCGAAAGCCACCACUGUCCUGUCGCCAGGGUUACCUGAAGAAGCAGGGUCUUGUGGGUACUGAGUGGCUGCGCCGACACGCAGUUGAGGCAGGGCUAAUGGAGGAUUACCGCCCACAGCUGGCCAGUGGGAGGCCAGGAGUCACAGUUAAGGACAUGCCCCUCUCUGGUCACCUGACUCAGCGUGAACUCUGACCUCUGCCUGGCCCUCCGGAUAUCCCAGAAUGCACUGCUGAUACCUGAACAGUCAGAGCCGUCACCUGCUGUGACCACAGAAGCUUCAACGCGUGAACUGUCAAAUAUCGAGCCUCAGAAGACAUUUAUCACUUUGAACUACAGCAGGUUCACAAGGGAAUCAGGAAAACCCUGAGUUUGAGUGGGUGUGUUAACGAUUUAUUGACAAGACACAGAGAAGUUUCUUGUGGUCAGUGAUUUCUGUGUGUGCGCGCGCGAGUGUGUUACAUUAUGUGUGAUUGCUCGAGUGUGUACGUGUGUCUGUGGUCACUGCUGCACGCUGGCAGACUCUGCCCUGCGGUUCUGUCCCAUCCCUCUCUCUGCGCCUCACAGCAGUGGGCUCUGCUCCGGGGCGGAAGGAGGCAUUGUUACCGGAGCUGUCCUGCUGGCAUGUUGUCACGUAGGCAUGAACAGGCAGGAAGUGAGGUGGCAGGAAGUGAGGCCACGGGCCAGCAGUGUAAACAGUUCUGUAGCACCUGCACCGCCUCCUGGCUGAGCUGUCAGACACCCUGUGCUGUUCCUGGUUUGAUUGAUCCAGCCUUUGCAGUUUUUGUUCAGUAAUGCUGUCCCCACAGUAUUCACAGGACUUUAUUUUUCCUUGGCUUUUUUUUAAUACAAAGAUUAUGGAAAAAAGCUUUAGUUUUUCAAGGCAGUGGGGUCUCAGUGAAGAACAGAUGUAACAAAUGUCUUCAGAGGGACAGUCCAAACAGCUCUGGAAAUUCAAAUUGUGACAUGUGUGUGGGUGUCAGAGACACUGUGAUUGUGAUGUGUGCGUGUCCCCAUAGGGAACAGAGACACUGUGAUUGUGUUGUGUGUGUGCAGUGAAUAGAGACAAUGUGUGUGUUGUGUUGGCAGUGUAGCGACAGUAAACAGAGAAACUGAUAGCAUUGGUGAACUGGAUUUAAUUUUCCUCUGUCUUUAUUUUUAUACAGUGCAUCUUUUAUACCCUCUUUUUCAAAUAAAGCACUAAGACUUCA